AAUAUGAAAAAAAAGGAAAGCUGAAUCAUGAAAAAAUAGACUUGUAAUAUUCUUAAUUAAAACUGUACGCGCUUGCGUGCGAUUCGUUUCAUCAGACGUGGCCAAGUGUUUAUCAACGUUCGUCGCGUACACAAUACAUACGCAUUUGCGCGCAUCUCGAGCUCAAUGACGAGUAUCGGGAGCGCCGCGAGUCCCACCGCAAUCUCUCAACUCCCGGAGCUGGAUCGCGAAGUGUCGCGAACACGACCGGGUGAAGGUGAAGUACGACGGGAAGAUUCGUGUGUGGAGAUCCAGUAGGAAAUGGCUGCCGUUUUGAGGAGAGAAUUUCGUAUCGUGACGAGCGUGCUUGCCGGUAACGGGAAUCUACCGUUGCUCGCAGCCGCACGGUAUCUGACGAGAUCGUCGAUCCGCUGUGACAUCAGCGAGGGAUGGCUGAGCAAACUUCUGGUGAGGAAGAUCGAGCCUACGAAAGAAUCGCACUCGCGAAUGCUCUCUGACAAGGAAGUCAUUUAUGCACUGCACACUCAAAACAUACGGCCAGAUUCGAUUGACAAAUACUUGGCCAACUAUGAGGAACACGUUAAUCUGAUACACUCAAAAAAAUCUGAUUUGAAUUGCGAAUUAGUGGGUUCGUGGACAGUGGAAGUAGGAGACUUGGAUCAGGCCUUACAUUUAUGGCAGUACACAGGUGGUUACGAACGUAUAGAUCAUACACAAACUGUGCUUUCUAAAGAUGAGUCUUAUCAACAACUGCAAACGGAACGUGGGAAUUACUUAAGAUCACGUCAUUUGCAAUAUCUGUUGGCGUUUAGUUAUUGGCCACCGUUGACAAAAAGGAAAGGGCCAAACAAAUAUGAAAUACGUAGUUAUAGUUUGCAACCAGGCACGAUGAUAGAAUGGGGAAACAAUUGGGCUAAAGCUAUUAAUUAUAGACGCAAUAAUGAUGAACCGUUUGCUGGUUACUUCUCUCAAAUUGGUAGAUUGUACAAUGUACAUCAUAUUUGGUGUUACAAAGAUCUUCAAUCGCGUAAAGAAACGCGUGAAAGUGCUUGGAGAUCGCCCGGUUGGGACGAGUGUGUCGCUUAUACUGUACCUUUAAUAAGAGAAAUGCACUCGCGCAUAUUAAACCCAACUUCGUUCUCGCCUACGAAAUAAAAUUUAAAUGGGUGCGAA